UUUGUAAACAAUACAUCGCUAGCUAGAAUUCACUACAUGUGCAGUUUUGUGAGUUAAUUUCUCGGUCGUUUUACAAAGUAAGUGAACAAAAAACAUCUUUGGGCGUAAAAAAAUAUAUGAAAAAUGAAUUUAUCCCACAAAUUGAUGCGCGAAAGUCUUCGUAGGGUGGAUCAAUUUUAAUGCAUCAGUAUCAGCUAAUCAAGAUAUGUGAUGUAUAAAUCUAAACUGAACUUUCCAUCUUUCAACUUUCCGUACAGUCCGUCUGAAGACUCAAGACAAUUUUUAGUGGAUUAUGGUCGUACAGGAUUUGUUCAUGUGUAUAAAAGUGACCGAACAGUUAAAUAUUCACGGCAAAAAUAUGGCUCUAAAGAUGAACUAUUAGAUUUUAUUUCCAACAAGCCCACUUUACCUUUGAAUCUUCCAGAGUUCAACGCAAUUGACACUCGUUCUUCAUCAACAAAAUCCAAACCAUCUUGUUUACCAUCUAAACAUGAAUCAAAAUCAACAAAAAUUGCUGACAACAGAACGUCUUUUGGGAAUUGUUUAUCUCAUACAAAGUUAGAUGAUGAUAUUUUACUGGUUCAUCCCUGGGGAAAUACAAUGAAUGAAUUGCACUUCAGUAGUUUGGCCAUGAAUUCUGUUGGCAUUGCUUCACAAAACUUGUCAAAGACAUCAGAAUUUGUCAUUCUGCCUGAAACAAUCCAUGAAAUUAACAUUGCCAACAGUUUUCAUGGACAUGUUGCUGUAAGAACAGAUACAACAUGCUGGUUAUUUCUAGUCGAUUAUUCAAACAAAACUCAGAUACCACAAUUUCUUGGAAAUGUCAAGUGUCCAAGUCAGCCAUGUUCUGUUAUAGUCAGUCCUUACAUCCCUGGUGAAGUUGCAAUUACCAUGGAAACAGGAAAUUUGUAUCUCUGGAAUGGUGACAAGAUAAUUGAAAAAUAUUCUCCCACAACAGUUUCCAAUGCAAAAUGUUGUAUUUGUGAAUAUGGUGGUCACCCAAGACAAGUUGUACAAGGCAAUGAAAGCAACAUUAAACUAAUUGAUUUCAGGGAUAGAAGAACCCAAAACAUCAUGAGCUUACCUUCAACACAUUUUUUCCCUAACAGCAAGUUUACGGCCAUACAACGUAACCAUUACAACCCAUUUCAUUAUGCUAUAGCUACCGACCAAUCUCUUGCAAUCCUUGACACACGUUUUGUUCAGCAUCCUAUGUUGAAGUGGACAUAUUCACUUGAAUAUCCGAGUAAAUACAUUAAAAUAGAAAAAUCUCUCAAUUCUGAUGAAGUUUUGGUGUUUUUGGGAUCAUAUGAUAACCAUGAAAUACAUUGUUUCCAAUAUUGUUAUGGUAAAAGGUGUGACAAAAUUCAUGUUGAAUUGAUGGGUGAUUCACCAGCUGUUCUUCCACCGCAAGUAACACAUAGUCCUUGGAAGGUUUCCUCGUACAGUGAAUGGCCGGAAAUGGUGGAUUACCACGAUAAAAUAUGCAGUUUGUUGCUAGUAAAUGAAAGACUGAAUAACCCUCUACUGGGCUUCACUUGUGUUGCACACAAGAAAUACCUCUCCAUCAUUCAACUGUCAAAUGCUGGUGACUUAUUUUACCAGAAUUACCAGCCAUUCAAAAGACACAAUGAUACUGAAAUAUCAAUUCAUGAAGACACUGACAUGACACCAUUAGAAGACACGUCUGUACAGUUAGAUGAAAAUGAAGAGAAAUUUCUCUCUCAAUGGGCUAAUUACCUUGUGAGUCAAUUUCGUGAAGACAACAAGUCGAACAGAAAAUGGAAGUUUAAAGAUGUUAAUUUAAUACAGAAUGAAAUGUUUAAAUCUUUACACAGAGGUCUUCAAUGUUUUUUAUGCAGUGGUGGAGAAAUCGCUGAAACAGAGGAUAAUGACUGUAUAUGUUGCAAACUUUCAUCUUCUGUUUCUCAAUCUCUUUCUCAUAUGGAAAAAAAUGAUGAAAAACUACUCAUUAAAUCAAGCUUGGGUAUCCAGAACUCGUUACAAACUCUUAAUUUAUUUGAUAAAACAAUCAAUUGUAGUAAAGCUCUGGGAAAGAACUUAUUAUAUAACUGGACUUCAGACGAGCAAAAAGCUAUAGAUUUGACAGAGGAAAACGAUUAUCAUAAAGAAAGUCUGUGAUUUACUUUUUAUUUUUUAGUGAUUUUCGUUACAUUUUAUAUUAGAGUAAAUUAAACGUUAAGUUAACUUUUUUUUCUCAUUCCAUCACUGGUUUUGACGCUUUUUUAGAAAGUAAAUGCCGUGUCUUAUUUUUUUACUCUCCGCAGGUAGCUACACCACAAUUAAAAUGAAUAAAAAUAUACAACAAA